AACACAAGAAGAACAGUAUCUCUCAAAUUUUAUAGGGAAGAUACACUUUUUUGUGUGUGUUUGUGCGUUAACCCUUCUCUCAUUCUGCAUUCACUGUUCUUCUCAUGUAUCCAUCAAUACACGACGACGAUGAUCUCCUCGCUGCGUUUUGUUUCGAUCAAAGCAAUGGAGUAGAAGAUCCUUAUGGAUAUAUCCAGACGAAUGAGGAGAACAACAUCUUUCAGGGUUUUGGGUCCUCUGGUGUGAAUCUGCAGCCACAGCAACACGAACAAUUCGAUUCUUUUACUCAGCAAGUCUGUAGCUUUAGAGGGGAGAACGAUGUAGUUGUUUAUAGUAGCAGCAUUGGAUCAUCACAGUUUGAUUUGGCUGCUUCGUUUAGUGGAGUUUUGCAGCAAGAGACGCAUAAAGUCUGUGGCUUUGGAGGACAAAACGAUUGUUCUGCAGUGCCUCAUUUGCAGCAGCAGGAAACAGGACAAGUGGUGUGUGGUGGUGUAGUGGAAAUCAAUUCUUCUUCAUCUGUUGGAGCUGUUAAGGAAGAGCUAGAACAUGUCGAGGAAGAAUGCUCACGAAAGAGGAGACGAACUGGAUCAUGUAGCAAGCCAGGAACCAAAGCCUGUCGCGAGAAGCUGAGAAGGGAAAAGUUAAAUGACAGGUUCAUGGACUUGAGCUCUGUAUUAGAGCCCGGCAGGACUCCCAAGACGGAUAAAUUAGUUAUACUCGAUGAUGCAAUCCGGGUUGUGAAUCAGCUCAGAGGUGAAGCUAAUGAACUAAAAGAAACCAACCAGAAGCUUUUGGAAGAGAUCAAGAGUCUAAAGGCCGAGAAAAACGAGCUACGGGAGGAAAAGCUGGUGUUGAAGGCGGAUAAGGAGAAGAUGGAGCAACAGCUGAAAUCUAUGACGGUUCCAUCAUCGGGUUUCAUGCCCUCCCAGCAUCCAGCAGCUUUCCAUCCCAAUAAAAUGGCGGUUUUCCCGAGCUACGGUUACUAUCCAAACAUGUCAAUGUGGCCAUUCGUCAAUCCUGCUGGCCGUGAUUCAUCUCAAGAUGUUAAAAAUCUUCCUCCUGUUGCUUAAUCUUCUUUCUGUUUUGACUCAUCAUUGAUCAUAGUUCAGAUGAUUCUUUAUCACUAGUUUUGCAGUAACCAUUGGGGGAGGCAUUAGAGAGUUUUAUGAUUAUUUUUUUUCCCGUUUGUCAAAUAUUGAGGUGCUAUUUUUGAAUAAAAUUGUUUGAGAAACUUGUCUAAUA